CCUCAGCUGCUGUGACCUGCUGCCCAGUGACCUGGACCGAGUCUGGAGAAGUCUGGGGACCUCUUCUGGUCUCACAGAGUUGGACUUGUCCUCCAAUCGUUUAGGAGACAAAGGUCUGAAGAAGCUGCUGGACCUCCUGCCUCGGCUCAAACAAGUCCAGGAGGUUCAUGUCGGAGACAACAGCAUCAGCAUGGACGGAGCGGCUCUGCUGGCUGCUGCUCUGUGCUCCAACAACAGGCUGACACAAACCCACAUCAGUGAAGGAGGCAAAAAGCAGGUGAUCCUCAGAUUCAGCAGAGAUACGAGUGAAGACAAACUUCAGAGAAAGUUGUUCAGAAUAAACAACAGCAGCUUCCUGCCGGCUGAUGUCACCAAAAUCUGUAGAAGACUGGUCCAGUGUCGCUCCUGUCUGGAGUUAGACCUGUCUCACUGCUCCCUGGCUGAGAGAAGCAUGGAGAACCUGCUCAAAGUCCUGCCCAAGAUGUCUCUGCUGCAGAAACUAAACAUCGGCUGCAGCAUCUCGUCCACAGCCGACGCUCUGACGCUCUUCGGCUGUUUGACUGAAACUCAGCGAGUCUCCUGGGUGGAGCUCAGUCCUCAGAGUGAAUCCUUCGUCAGCUUUCAUGGAGCUGAAGCAGAAGACGUGAGCUGCAGGUUAACAGGUUUUUGCUUGAAAGGAGGCGACGUAAUGAACCGGCUGCUUCAGAUCCUGCAGCAGGACCGGCAGCUUUCUUAUCUCGAUUUGUCAGGAAACCAGCUGGAGGAUGAAGGAGUGAAACGGUUGGUGGAUUCUCUCCCAGGACUUCACAUCAGCAGCUUCAUCAACCUCAGUAACAACAUGCUGACUCAGCGCGGGCUGCUGGACGUCGUCUCCUCCCUCUCCACCUGCAGCAGGUUGUCGGCCGUGGAGCUCAGUCUGGGAGCAGAGCAGCGCUGUCUCCUCUGGUUCCGACAGGACGCAGGACAAACUCUCAGCGUCAGCACAAGCAGCCUGCAGCGCCACCAUCUGCUCAGAUUAGCAGAGCAUUUGUCCAGAUGUCCCUGCUUGACCAGAUUACAGCUGCAGAGGAACGGCCUGCGGUCUGAGUGGAUCCAGGACUUUGUGGCAGUUCUGAGCUGUGGUCAGAGAGGUCGCUCCGUCAGUGUGGAGGAGAGCUGGAUCGGAGCGGAGGAAGCCGUGAGUUUAACGUGUCGCUGCCUGCAGCUCAACACAAACCUUCAAACCGUCCGGAUUCAACAAACAACUUUACACCUGAGCCUGAGGAACCAGGAGCCGAACUCCAGCAGGUGUGAAGCUGAACGUCCUGCUCAGUCUGCGGUCACAAGCUUCAGCCUGGUGGACUGCUCUGCAGACGGAGGACAGUUGUCUCCUCUGGGGGACGUCCUGCCUCAGUGUCCGUCCCUCACAGAGCUGGAUUUGUCCCACAACAGACUGGGUCCAGGCGGAGCCAGGUUCCUGUCGUCUCUGCUGCCCCUGCUGCCGAACCUCACCUGCCUCAGUGUUGGAGUCGGAGGGAGCUGUGUGUGUGUCCUGGAGGAGCUCUGUCAGGUCCUGCUGCGGACCCCGGCCCUCCACAGCUUAAAACUGUCGAAGAAUCUGAUCAGCGACUCGUCUGGAGAGAAGCUGCUGGAUGCUUUGAGGAGCUGCAGCCGCCUGGAGGAGCUGCACCUGUCCAGCAACGCUCUCAGUGACGUCUCUGCAGCCAGAUUGGCUCUCGUUCUUCCCUGUCUGCCUCACCUGACUGAGCUGGAUCUUUCAGAAAACCAGAUGGGACCAAAAGGAGCCGUCAGUCUGUCUGAGGCCAUAAAGAGCCUAAAGAAGCUGAAGAAGCUUCAUCUGACCUCUGUCGGCACGUCGGAGCUGAGCCAGGUGGUGUUCAGCCUGAGUCACUGCGCCGACAUACAGGAUGUCAGUCUGGGCUGGAAUAACUGCAGCGAUGACGUCGCUCUGCAGCUCGCCACCGUCCUGCCCUCCUGCUCCCAGCUGGCUCGCAUCGAUCUGGAGUGUAACAGCGUGAGUUCUGACGGAGUGGAGGUUCUGGUCAGAGCGCUCAGGUCCUGCCCCGCUCUGCAGCUCAUCAGGCUGUGGAGGAACAGAGUCUCAGUGAGACAAGCUCAGAGCUUCAGUCUGAGGGAGAGGAGACUCAGCUUCUCCUCCACCGUCUGAGUCUGCAGGACCAGAACCAGACCUGCAGGACCAGAACCAGACCUGCAGGACCAGAACCAGACCUGCAGGAUCAGAACCAGACCUGCAGGACCAGAACCAGACCUGCAGGACCAGAACCAGACCUGCAGGARCAGAACCAGACCUGCAGGARCAGAACCAGACCUGCAGGARCAGAACCAGACCUGCAGGACCAGAACCAGACCUGCAGGACCAGAACCAGACCUGCAGGAGGUUUUACUUCUGCUCUGGAUCAGAUGUUUCUAACAUCUGUGAGCAUCAGGAGAACCGGUGGUUUUUUAAAAAAACUGUUAAAUGUGUUUUUUUUUUCAGGAAGUGAUGGAAGAAAACAAAAACAAAACAAACAACGCGUCACUGAAUCAAUGUCGUUCCUCCGACUCAAACUGCUGUGAAACAUGUUCAGGUUUUUGCUGCACUUUCAGGACGAGAAGUAAAUUAUUUCUUAUUUAUUGUGAUUCUGACUGUAAGAAGUGUGUUUGCACUGAAGCAGAGGCCACAUGAGUGAAAACAUCAUUUAUCAUAAACCUACAGAAACGUUUCCUCCUCUGAAGCUCAUUAAAGGCUGUGGUCUCUGCAGGACAACGUAUUUAUUUCUGCUCUUUGUGACGGGAAAAAAAAACAUUUUAUAUUUUUAUGUUCAUGUUUGGUAUUUUAUUAAAAGGAAAUGAAAAUGUGACAAAAGCAUAUUUUAAAAAACAAGAUUAAGAUUUUUCCUCUUACAACCAGUUCUAACAGUUUAUGCAUUAAUGUUUGUUUUCAUGGAAAAAUAAUAAUUCUUCUUUAAGUCAGAGUAUUUCCUUCUGUUUGCACAAACCUGUUUGUAAUCCCUGAAGAAACAAACUAACAGCUGUGAGGAAAGUGUUUUAUUUUGAAAUGUCUCCCCCUUGUGGCCGGCGGCGGCGCUGCAGCUUCCUGCCACAAACAACACAAACAGAAAAAAGUAUAAAAACUUUGUGUAUUUGUGGAAAUAAAUCUUUCAGAUGAUGACACGAGCUGAACGCUGAAA